GUUGACCUCAGGCGCAGUCGCGGAUUUGAUCAUAUACCUUACAGUGAUCCGGAGAUCGAAUCCAUUGCUGUCCUGUGUGGGUGAGUCCCUUGUGAAAUUGAAACCCCCCUGCGCGUCCUGGUGCUGCAUUACUGGCCUAUCAACUGGCCAGAGCACGUGCCCGCUCCCCGUCUCCGAAGGCCGGCGUCCGCUGUCCCUCCCUUCGAUCUGCUUCUUUCGGCGACUUUGUUUUCUCCCCUCCCUUCUUGACUCUCUCUCUUUCUGAAUUUUCAUUUGGCUCGUUCAUUUGAUAACAUUGUGUCAUUUUCAACGGUUACAGUUUCCUUUCCUUCCUCAGGGUCCGUUUCGCUCUCAAAGUGUCGCUAGACACCUCGGUCUGAUCUCGGAAGGGCGCCAUCCGUAUUACAACAGCCACUGGCGGGCUUGGUGAGCCACAAAAGAUACAGUUCCUAGAUUACCCUAGAGCUAGGUUCCAGGUUGAUCAGUGGUCUUCUGUGUGAUUUGCUCUUGGAGUUGUGUCUAUUUUCUGUCAACAGAGUGAUUCGUUUCUCCUCAUCCUACGACAAUGCAUAUCAAGGACAAGCUCGCACAGAAUGAGGCGGCGGGGAGGACGGGAAUCUCGUUCGAGUUCUUCCCUCCCAAGACUGCCCAGGGUGUGCAGAAUCUGUACGAUCGCAUGGAUCGUAUGCACGCGUUGGGCCCCAGCUUCAUUGACAUCACCUGGGGCGCCGGCGGUCGCCUGUCGGAUCUGACCUGCGAGAUGGUCAACGUCGCCCAGUCGGUCUACGGCCUGGAGACCUGCAUGCAUCUGACCUGCACCGACAUGGGAAUCGAGAAGGUGGAUGCGGCCCUGCAGGCCGCCUACAAGACCGGCUGCACUAACAUUCUUGCCCUUCGCGGAGACCCGCCUCGUGAACAGGAGCAUUGGGAGGCCGUCGAUGGGGGAUUCCGCUACGCGAAGGAUCUGGUCAAAUAUAUUCGCGACAAGUAUGGAAACCACUUCGAUAUCGGUGUCGGCGGUUACCCGGAGGGCGCAGACGACAACUCGGACGUGGAUCAAUUGAUCGAUCACUUGAAGGAAAAGGUGGACGCGGGGAGCUCGUUCGUGGUCACCCAGAUGUUCUACGACACGGAUAACUUCAUCAGCUGGGUUAAGAAGUGUCGGGAGAAGGGGAUUCACGUGCCCAUCAUCCCCGGUAUCAUGCCGAUUCAGACCUAUGCCGCCUUCCUGCGACGAGCGAACUGGACCAAGAUCCACAUCCCCCCGUCCUGGCUGGAAGCGUUGGAGCCAGUCAAGAAUGACGAUGCGGCCGUGAGGGAGAUUGGAAAAACCCUCAUUGCGGACAUGUGCCGGAAACUCAUGGCGUCGGGCAUCAACCAUUUGCAUUUCUACACGAUGAACCUGGCCCAGUCGACGCAACAGGUCCUCGGAGAGCUGAAUCUCCUCCCGUCCGAGGAGACGCCUCUGCAACGGCCCCUGCCGUGGCGGCCAUCGCUGGGUCUUAACCGCAGAGGCGAAGACGUCCGUCCGAUCUUCUGGCGGAACCGGAAUUCCUCCUACGUGGCUCGUACCCAGACCUGGGACGAAUUUCCGAACGGACGGUGGACCGAUUCCCGGUCCCCCGCGUUCGGUGAGCUGGAUUCCUACGGCAUCGGCCUCAAAGGCACCAACGAACAAAACAUCAAGCUGUGGGGGGAACCCAAGUCUAUCCGCGAUCUCUCUCACCUCUUUACUCGCUACCUGGACGGAAAGCUCGACCGUCUGCCCUGGUGUGAUACUCCCAUCACCUCCGAAGCUAGCGAAAUUGGGGGCGAGCUGCUCGAGUUGAACAAGCGCGGGCUUCUCACCAUCAACUCCCAGCCGGCGGUCAAUGGCGCGCGAUCAUCCCACUCCGUGUACGGAUGGGGUCCCAAGAACGGAUUCGUCUACCAGAAGGCAUACCUGGAACUCUUGGUGCCCCCAUACCUACUCGACGAGCUGAUCGCGCGGAUCGAGAAGAACGAAGACCUCACCUACCACGCCGUGUCCAAGAGCGGCGAGCUCCGCACCAACACCCGUGAUACUCCCAAUGCCUUGACGUGGGGUAUCUUUGCCGGGCGCGAGAUCGUUCAACCGACCGUGGUGGAGACCGUCAGCUUCUUGGCGUGGAAGGACGAGGCUUAUCGUCUGGGAGAGGACUGGGCCAAGUGCCAUGAUGCCGCCAGCCCGAGCAGAAAGCUGAUCCAGGGUGUCGUGGACACCUGGUACCUGGUGAACAUUGUGAACAAUGACUUCCACAACACAUACAACCUCUUUGAGCUGUUCAAGGAUCUGGACGUGAAGGACCUCGACGUCGAAGUCGCCACUGAACAGAAAGCCCAGCCAACCGUGGCUGUCAACGAAGUCUCUCCGGAGGUGCCGACCAAGAACUAGCCCCUGACAUCUUCUUUCCAAGAAAGAAAGAGAAGAAAGAAAAAAAAAAUAACCAAAAAACCCUCCAUCCCCAGCAUCUACUAACUAAUUCAACAUCAACUCUCAACGACACAACCCUGCCUUGGGAUCCCACAUCCCCAGGUCACGAAAAAAACAUCUUUUAUGGCGACAUGACUGAAGACCUCUCAACGAUUUCUUCUUGGGCGUUAUCUUAUUUCAACAUGACUCUUUUUAACCAUUUUCACAUAUACCCCAGGUAUUUAGUUUCUGAUCUAGUGUGAGGAAUAUCAAAUUCAACAUAAUUUGCUGUAUGCAACAGGCAUCUCCCCUGUUUUGUUUUCCAUAUUUUAUUCCAUAUUUUAUCUUAUUUUAUUUUUCCUUCUCGUAUAGUUUUCUUUCUUUCUGCUUCUCAUCUUAUUAUUCUUCUUUCUUUUUCUUUUCCUUGUCAAUUACACGAAGAACGAAGUCGAUAAACAGGUGAAGACCAGCGGCGUACGAACAAUUCAACAUCGAAUAAUGAUGAUGAUAACGACAGACAGUGUUGGCGUUAUGGCUAUGGCUAUCCUUAUCCUCUUCAACAACGGGAUACAGUCUUUAGUUUCUUUUCUCUCUCUUUCUUUCCUAUUGCCCUCCCACCCUUUCUUUUAUUUCAUCUAUGUUCCAUUCUUUAACAUCGAGAUAUAGAUAGAUCUCAAGGUAGAAUUUCUUCUAGCGAUGA